UAUUCGGAUUAAUUUUUUUAUCAUGUUUGUCAAAAUAAUUUUUAAAUUCUAACAGUCGCACUGCUUUGAUCAUAUAAACUUAUGUUCUUCUUAUAAUUGUAUUAUGCUCGAGAUGAUUCCCUUGAUAUUUUUUUUUUUUAAAGUAGCUACCAUAAGCGAAUGUACUUUUUUCUUAUUGAGGCACCACAUAUUCGUACCGGCGGAUGGUGAAGUGGAGAACUUCCGGCACCGCUUGUGCCAUUCCCAACUUGUCAACACGUGACGUUGUCUAGCCAAACCUUAUCUUUACUUUUUUUUUUUUUUUUGUUCAACUCCUUAUCUUUACUUCAAUCGGGUGUAUCUUUGGGCCUUUUAGCUUUAAUUUUAAAUGCAAUCGUUGUUGGGUUUCGUUGGGUUUAAGGCAUCACCACAUUUGUACUGUCCUCAUUGGACUUUUUCUAUUAAUGGAAAAUUGGCCGACAAGAAAGAAAAAUAACUUGCUUAGUUCUUGCUGCUGAAUUAUUAACCUAUUUUAAAAAUUCAAUUGGGUGAGUGAUUGUGUAUCCCUCUCUCUUACUCUAUUUCUUAAACGCAACACAUUGCGUGCCUCCUUCUGAAACCAAAUACUUUAUUCGAUCAACUAUGGCUUAUCUAGCUCCGAUCUCUCCAUCCCUAAGCAUCCUCAAGAACCCACAACUCACCAGCUUCCACUUCGCUUUUUCCCCACCAAAGCCACUUCUCGCUCUCCCUGGGAAUCAGAAUCUAAGGAUGUCCACGAACAAGACGUCGGUGGUGAUUGCAGCUACGACGGCGCCGGCAGCAUCAGAGAAGCAGAAAAAGAGAUAUCCAGGAGAAUCAAAAGGGUUUGUGGAGGAGAUGAGGUUUGUGGCAAUGAAACUCCACACGAAAGAGCAAGCCAAGGAAGGAGAGAAAGAGACCAAAUCUCCUGAGGAGCGUCCUGUCGCUAAAUGGGAACCCACUGUUGAUGGUUACUUGAGGUUUUUGGUGGAUAGUAAAUUGGUCUAUGACACUCUUGAAGAACUUCAAGCCACUUCCCCAACUUAUACUGAAUUCAAGAACACAGGAUUGGAAAGAUCAGAGAAAUUGGCCAUUGAUUUGGAGUGGUUCAAGGAACAAGGUUACGAGAUUCCAGAACCAACUGCUCCUGGUAAAACAUACUCUCAGUAUCUGAAGGAUUUAGCAGAAAAGGAUCCUCAAGCAUUCAUUUGUCACUUCUACAACAUCUACUUUGCCCACAGUGCCGGUGGCCGUAUGAUUGGGAGAAAGGUAGCGGAGAGAAUACUCGACGGUAGAGAACUUGAGUUCUACAAAUGGGACGGCGAGCUUUCCCAGUUGUUGCAGAACGUGAGGGAAAAGCUGAACAAAGUUGCCGAGGAGUGGACGAGAGAAGAAAAGAAUCAUUGUCUGGAAGAGACUGAUAAAUCUUUCAAGUAUUCUGGUGAGAUACUUCGUCUCAUAUUGUCCUGAUAUGAUUCUCACUCUCUCUUGAAAAUCCUACUCAAGUGUAUAUUCAUUUGUUAUAUAUUGUAUCUCUUUUUAUUGUAAUUAAACUCUUUGUUUCUUUGAUCAAAAAAAAAAAAAUUGUUGUUUCAAACCUAUUACUAUGUUAAAGAAAACUGAAGUAUCUUGUGUUA